UUGUCAGUUUACAUCUGUUCUGUAACUUUUUUGAAAACAUUGAAAAUGUCAACGUGUUAAUUUAAACUUUAAAAAGUAUCACCCAUCCCAUAUGCAGAUAAAAUGAAUCAGCAGCAAAAUGUUUUAAAUCCAGAACCUGUUAAACCAAAACAUAGCAUUCUAUGUCUUGACAUUAGUCCGUAUACUCAAACAAUACAAUUUUUCUUAUGCACUUGUGCAGUUUUCUUGUUUUUUCUUUUAUAUGGAUACAUGCAAGAGCUUAUAUUUACCAUUGAUGGAUUUCAACACUAUGGGUGGUUUUUGACUCUAGUUCAAUUCGGAUAUUACAGCAUAUUUGGUCUUAUAGAAACUAGAAUCAGAGGCAUUACAUCAAGGAGGAUACCUAUUAAAACAUAUUUUCUCUUAGCCCUUUUAACUCUGGGCACAAUGGGCUUUUCAAAUGCUUCUUUGGGUUAUUUGAAUUAUCCCACUCAAGUCAUUUUUAAAUGUUGUAAACUUAUUCCUGUUUUAAUAGGAGGAAUAUUAAUACAAGGAAAAAAAUAUGGACCAUUGGAUUUUUUAGCAGCUAUAUUGAUGUGCAUAGGACUAAUUUUGUUUACAUUAGCUGAUUCAAAAGUUCAACCAAAUUUCAACACUACAGGGAUAAUAAUGAUAUCAAUGGCUCUAUUGUGUGAUGCUAUUAUUGGGAAUGUUCAAGAACAAUCAAUGAAAAAUUAUGGAGCCGCAAAUGCUGAAGUAGUAUUAUAUUCUUAUGGUAUAGGAUUCCUAUAUAUUUUUGCCGUCAUGUUGGUAACAGGGAACUUCUUUGAUGGAAUUAAUUUUUUUUCUAGUAAUCCCAAAAAGAUGUAUGGUUAUGCAUUUUUAUUUUCUGUAACUGGAUAUUUGGGCAUUCAAGUGGUUUUAACGUUAGUAAGGACUACAGGAGCAUUUGCUGCAGUAACUGUAACUACUUGUCGCAAGGCCGUUACUAUUGUAAUAUCUUUCAUAUUUUUCAGCAAGCCAUUCAUAUUUCAGUAUCUGUGGUCUGGCUUGUUAGUUGUGCUAGGAAUUUAUCUAAACCUGUUUAGUAAAAAACAUCCAACAAGUCUGGGAGAUUUUGAACAUAAAUUUGAAUCCGUUUAUAGGUAUCUAAGGUCCAAGUUCAUCGCCAGUCAAUAUAAAAGUGGACAUUAUUUAACAGAAGUAUGAUCCUGUGAUAUAAUUUUAGGACUAAAGUUAUAGUGAAUAUUUGUAUAUAUUUAGUCGAUUUAAUAAAAAACAACAUUUUAAAAAAUGAAA